AUGGGGACGGAUAACCUGUUGAGCACGAAUCGAGGCAUUCGAAAAAUUGCCGUGCAGGCUACCAAUGGGAAUCGUUCCGGUGGCACUCCACAUGUACAACCAGAAGAUGACUCAACUAUUUUAAGUAAUUUAUGGCAGAAAGCAUGGUGGCUCGAUGUGGCCUCUCCUACUUGGGAGGAUAUGCGUAUGCUUGGCACACUGCUUCAUCUGCACCCACUUACAUUAGAGGAUAUUUUGCACCAAGAUCCUCGAGAAAAAGUAGAGAUCUUCCCUCGCUUGGGUUAUUAUUUCGUCGUUAUUCGUUCCGUGGAUUUGAAUAAGUAUCUGGCUGAGAGGGAUCGUGAACAGUUACCAGGAGAUGAUGGACAAUCUCAAAACGAGGAGGAAACCCUUAAUGUGACGAAUGUUUAUAUCACUGUCUUUAGAGAAGGAAUUUGUUCGUUCCAUUUUUCGGAUUUGUCGGAACAUGUCAAUAGAGUUAGGAAUAAAUUUUUACAGAUGAAUAACGAUACCACAGUCAUGACAUCAGACCAUAUCGCGCAUGGCUUGAUGGAUUCCAUUGUUGAUGCUUUCAUUCCUGUCAUCAAGCGCAUCGGCUCUGAGGUGGAAAAUGUCGAUAGGCUUGUCGCCGGAGUGCAAGAUGAGGAUCAAAUGCUUCGUGACUGGCAAACUGCACUUCAACAUGCCGAGGUUACACAACAAGUUGCAACUCCGCCUCGUGGGGUUGAGCCUGAAGCGAUUGAUGUCUUUCAUCUUAACGAGAAAAGGAAAGAGUCACUUCCAACACCACCCACUUCUCAACCCCGUCAUCGCACUUGGAAUCGUGCAUGGCGGCGUUCAUCCUCACUAAUGCAAUAUCUGUUUCGCCAUAUCAGCCGUUACUGCGCCUCUUUGGGGACCGCUUGUGCGCACAGGAUCAAGAAACUUUGGCGGAGGCUUGUCUCUGCACGCAUGACUGGUCGGCCAAAGUGGCGUGCUGUCAAGUUGGCAAGAGCAAAGACGCUCACAAGGAUGUCUCAGACUAGGCGGACCGUGACAUUACUCGCAAGGCUUCUUGCUCCCAAGAAUGAGGCACUUGGAAUACUGAGGAAAAGGCUGACGGGUGUCGCUGACUUAGGAGCGCACUUAGACGACGUCCAAGACCAUCUCUUGACAAUGCAACAGUCUUUGGUGUAUUACGAAAGAGUGUUGGCCCACUCUCAGCCAACAUACCUCUCGGGACUUCGAGUGAACCUUGCUCAGGCUACGAAUCGAGCAGAUUCGACGCUCUGGAAGCUUAGUGUUCUCCUAACGGCCAUUUACUGCAUGCAGGUAGUCAUCGGUAUCUUCAGCAUGAAUGUUCAUGUACCCCAUAACCAUCGUCCUAAAGAUGACCCGUUGGGUGCACCAGUUGGACAUUUCUAUUUGUUUGGGGUCGUGCUCAGUGUGAAUGUUCUGGCGGCAAUUGGGGUGUUUUGCGCCACUUGGUGGUGGUGGAAGCAAGCGAAGCGCAAGAGAGGACGACGGCUGCUGUAG